CCGAAACCUAAGCCAUAAACAUUUCGUUUUGAAAAAAAUACACUCUGAAAUAUGUACUUAGCGUAAAACGUAAACAAAAGAGCACCUGUGGAGACAAUAUAGUGCACGUUUGAUGAAUGGAGACAGAGUAAGUGUCAGACAUGGCGACGUACACGGAAUAUAAUCAAGCAAGUUCUGUGGAAUCUUAUAGAAAUACUCCCCAACAGAAUAUUUCGUCAGGGCGACCGAACUCCUCAGAGUCACACGUUAGUUUUAAUCAUAAAAAUAAGGAGGAAGAAAAAGACAAGCGUCAGAAAUACCUAACUGCUAAGUACGGACAACACCAAAUGAUGUUGAUACGAAAAAGAUUGGCAGUGGAGGACUGGCUUUAUGAUCAGUUGAGAGAGCUCCACGACUGUCAGGAUGACAGUGAAGAUCAUGACUGCAAUCUAGAUCUUGAAGACGUUUUAAAUCUUGACUCAGACAGUGAAAGAAGAGAAUAUGCUGAGCGGGAGUUGGUGACUGCACGAGUACCCAGGGAGGAUGUAGAGAGGUUUAUAGAUGAGCUGAUAAAGAAAUCAAAAACAUUAUAAGAACAGUGUUUGGUCUCAGUGUGAUUGUGAGUGAAUGCGAGAGACGGUGAAUAUCUCAUCAGGGACUACACACUUCAACAACGCAUGCAACAGGGAUCCACAAGGCUCUGCACACAAGCCAUUCUACUCAGUAUCAGCAGGAUCAGAUAAAGAUUUCAUUUUAAAAAAAUUGAGGAUAUCUAAUUAUAUUUUUAUCAGCAAGCAAUUGGAUGCCCAGUAAUUUUGUACAUGUACUUGUGAUUUUGAGCCUGUAGAAAACACGAACUGCCAGCUGGUGAGGUGGAGUCGGCUGUUCUUAAAAUGAUUGUUUUGUAUGACUUUUUUUUAGCAACAUCUUUAUGAUUUUCACCUUUAUAAUUUACACAUGACAUACACAUAUAUAUUGUUAGGUAGAUGCAUGUAUGCUGGUAUGGUACAAGAAUUGUAAUUUAAAAAGUGCUGCAUUUUCUAAUUCUUUUUGUUCCCCAUUGAAAAUACAGAAUAGAAUUUACCCAUCCGUUGAAUUGUUUGGCAUAGGCAAAUUUCUGUGACUUAUGAUUUUUUCCGGGUAAAUGAAAUUUUUGGAUACAGUUGCUAGGUUUUAUUAUAGCACAAUUCUUGAUUCAUUAUGUAGUUAAAAGUACAUGUGUACUGCCAAAAAUGUGGGGAAAAAAUUGUGAUAUUUUUCUGUGUAUUGCUUAUAACAAUGGAUUGGAUCUAGUUUCUAUAGACUUUUGGCAUAUUUCAGAGUUAUGUGUUUAACACUUUAUUGGCAUUUAAGGACAUUUUUCUAUUUGGAAAAAAAAAUUUGAUUGCCUUAUACCUCAAUGUCAUUUGAAAUCCCUCCAUUUAAUCCUUGACUGUGAGAAAUAAUAUUUUAUAAAGAAAUUAUUUCCACGGAUUGUAAUGCUUUUCAGUUGUUUUUGAUUUAUUCUGUUUAAAAGCAUACAAUUUACAUUAGCUAUCUUGAAUAUUAUACAUGUUCGAUGCAUGUACGGUAAAACUCAACAGAUUGCUUUCAAUUGCACUGGUGACAUAUUGUGAAUGCUGUUCUUGGUUUUACCUUCAGUAUGAAUACUGAUCCUUUGACCCUGAAUAUCAUUCUAUCCUUGGUUAGUAUGCAUGCAUUGUUUACUGAAUAGGGCGUAUACAAAUUUAUCUUUGAUCAAACUGACAGUAGAAGGGUCCUUUAUCUAAAUAGCGAUAUCUAUUAAGAUUUGAUAACCUUAUGUUUACUAGUAAAGAUUAUGAUUUUUUAAAAACACAUUUGAAUCACUUUUAAAAUUACCGGUAUGGGUUUGUUUUUUGGUUUUUUUUUUAUUAUAUAUAUAUAUAGAAUUUAUUUCUUCAGGUAAGCUUAGUGACACAGUCUCCAAUUUUUAUGUCUUUUAACUUUACAGGAAAAUAAUUCCUGAUAUUUACGGUUUUUAAUCAAGUGAACUCACAGACAUCAUGUUUCUGGGUUGGUUUUUUUUUCUUCAUAUAAUUUAUUUCAGAUUAGUUUGUUAAUGUAUAAUGACUUAGUCGUGAUUCUAGGUCUUGACCUAGUUUUUGUGGGAUGUCUUGACCUAGUUACCGUAGGUUGUGAUUUUACAUAUUAUGAUACAGUCCCCCCCCCCCACAGAUCCUCUAGUUCAUUCCACAGUUUACCCCCUCCCCACUGAACAUUUGUCGUUAGGGUGUUUGUUUUAUUGCUAAUUUUUGUGUCCUUGCAUACAUUUUCCUGCCAAAUUUUUUGCAACAUUUUAUUGUAUAAAAAAGAAUAAAAAAAUCUGUCUUUUGUGAUGUGUUGAUAGGAUGUUUGUACCAUUUUGUUUGCUUUAAAUUCAGUAAAAUAAUGGCCCUUUUCACAUGUAAUGUCAGCAAUAAUUAUUUUGUGUGUUUAUUAUGAGCCAUGUGCCAAUAUACUCAUUCUGUACAAACUAUAUCGUUAUUUUGCUGUACAUUGGCAUUUUAUUUUUGAUCUAUUUUUGAGAUUCGAUUUCAGUACCAUACAUGUAAUUUUGUGCAGAAAUGUUCUCAUGUGCUAACAUUCACAUGUUUGCAAAUUGUAAAUUCUUUCAUACUAAUAAGCUGUAGUAUCAAGUAUUAGCUGCUAUAAUAGAAAUAACAGACCAAUACAAAAAAAACUACUGAAAGAAAGAGGUUCAAUAUUUAUUAUUUCUUGCAGUGUAAAUGUUACAGACUGUGUAAUGCACUUCGUGCAUAUGCACAGUACAUGUGUAUGUUUACAUUGUAUCUUGAAUGAUGUGAAGAAUGUAUACUUAAACAUCUAAUGAAUAAGGGCCAGCAGGAUGAACAUAAUGUAUAAAAAUCAACAUGAUCAACAACCAUUUCAGAAGAGAGAAAAAAGUCUUUGCUUUCAACAUAAAAUCCCUUAUAUGAUAGGAGAAAGACAUGUUAAAGGUCGUGUAUCAAGACAUGUUAGAGGUCGUGUAUCAAGACAUGUUAGAGGUCGUGUAUCAAGACAUGUUAAAGGUCGUGUAUCAAGACAUGUUAGAGGUCGUGUAUCAAGACAUGUUAGAGGUCGUGUAUCAAGAUGUGUUCAAGGUCGUGUAUCAAGACAUGUUAAAGUUCGUGUAACAAGACAUGUUAAAGGUCGUGUAUCAAGACAUGUUCAAGGUCGUGUAUCAAGACAUUUAAAAAGGUCGUGUUAUCAAUGUUCUUUUCUGGUUGGUUUUACGUAGUACUCGGAAAUGGACUGUAGCAUAAAACAGAUUUUACAGUAAUGUCAUACACACUUAAUAUUUCAAGACUGUUUUAGUUGUGUUGUUGAGGUAACAUUAUCAUGUGACCUCCAUGUCUCCAGUCCAGACAGGGUUUGAUUCUGUCCACAGCUAGUCAGUCACACAUUGUGUAUUUUCUAUACUGCUGAUAUGUUUUGCAUGUUAAUAGGUGAUUUAUUUCAGCAAUAAUAUGUUUAAGAUUUGUGUAGAAAUUUUGAUUUUACAAUAAAAAAAUUUUUAUAAGUUC